AUGACCUUGAGUCUGGGUCCCUGCGUGUUCCCGUUCUCGUACAAGGGCGAGGUCCACGAGCGGUGCAGUUGCAAGGAUGCCCCCGCGUGCUGGUGCCCGACCUCGCUCAACGACAACCGCGAGCCAGCUGUUACCGACUACUGCAAGGGCCUGUUGGAGGGCUCCGUGCCUGAGGUGUCGCCGCCAGCCUUCGGAGCGGACGCCGCCACGACUGUGGACGGGGUCCCUUGCGUGUUCCCGUUCCGCUUGGGCGACGUGAUCUACACGCGGUGCACGGAGGCGUCGCGCGGGGCCCCCUGGUGCGCCACGCAGGUCGACGCGGCGCUGCGCCCCGUCAGGAGCGGCUUUUGCAAGGGCACCACCAACAGGUCGCUCGUGACGCGGAAGCAGAUCACAGACCCCGAGGAGGCCGUCACAAGCUCUUCACUUCUCCGGCCGACCUGCAGGAUGCUUGCGUAG